CACUUCUAAAACAACGCAAAUCCCCAAAUUGUAUUUUCUAGGGUUUCUAAGAAAUCAUGGCUAACAUCGCGCCGGAGUUGAUGAAGCCGGACAUUGCUGCUGAUAAUGAAGGCAUUGCGCAUGGCCUUGCCGUUUACGAAUCACCGUCGCUGAAGCGAAAGGCUGCUUUUGACGGCAGUUCUGAUACUGACGAGGAGAAGAAGGACAAGAGCGAUGGGGAUUGUGCUUCUGCUGUUGCUUCUGAAAGCAGCGGAGAGAAAAAAGAGGCAGAUGCUUCUGCUUCUGAAGGCGGCGAAGAUGAUACUGCUUCUGAAGGCAGCGAGGAUGAUACUGCUUCUGAAGGCAGCGAGGAUGAUACUGCUUCUGAAGGCGGUGAAGAUGCUGCUGCUUCUGAAGGCGGUGAAGCUGCUGCUGCUUCUGAAGGCGGUGAAGCUGCUGCUGCUGCUGCUGCUGCUGCUAAAGCUGCUGCUAAAGCUGCUUCUGCUGAAUCGGACGAAGCUUAUUUCGCUUGUUUUGAAACCGAGAAAGAAAGAAACGAAAUGCGGGAGUAUUGCAGAAUUCUGGAGGAGUCUGAUGGUUUUGAUAUCGGACAGGCUCUCACUAAGAAGCAUAUUGGUGGUAGAGUCAAAAUUGAUGUGAAUGAUUUCGAAGAUGCUCUUCUUACCAACUGCAUUGACGCUAUCAAGCUUAUAAUUAAGCAUCGGAACAAGAAGAAGGGUGCAAAUUUGGAAUUUGUGGAGGUGACUAUGGCAAAUUAUACAGGAUGUACUCAUUUUUGGGUAACCUUUACAGCUAGAAACAAGACUACAGAAAAGCUGGACACUUAUCAAUCACAGAUGUUUUACAAUAAGAGUUGUAGCAGGCCUAAAGUCAAUUUGUUCAGGCUUAAACCAAGUGGAGGCACUACAGCUAUCCAAGCUUAAUCGUAUUCAUCAAGAUGACAGAAGAUGUUUAUGAAUUGUGGACAUGUCAGACAGAUUUCUAUUUAUAUAUACUUUUGCUGAUGACCAUAUCCAUGAUUUGUGAUGUGUAUUAGGAUGGCAUACCAUAGUUCUAUAUUUUGCAAGACUUUGUGGAUGUUAUUAACUUUAUCCAAUUUGAACUUAUAAUCUAUAUGUAAUAUUAUGUUUUAGAUGAUUA